CCCGCCCCUCCCUACCAGAGCUCCCUGUUCCUUAGAAACCGGGCGGCGUGUUCCCGGUAUCGGUCCGCUGGGUUCCGGUGCCGGCGUAUCCGCACUAACCUCCCUCAAGACGGACGGGCGGCCUCCGAAAGCCGUCCAGAUCUAUGGUCUCGCGAGCGGCUCUGGACCGGCGAUGCCAGCGUGCCAGGAGCCAUGUUUGGUCAGGACUAUGGGAAGGUCAACUCCAUUCUGGAGACCCUGGUAAGGAGAUGACUUGUUGAACAGAGGCCAAGAUGAAGUUGCUGCCAGGAGUGGGCGUGUUUGGGACUGGCAGUUCAGCCCGGGUCCUAGUGCCACUGCUGAGGGCAGAGGGGUUCACUGUGGAGGCCCUGUGGGGAAAGACUGAGGAGGAAGCAAAACAGCUGGCUGAGGAGAUGAACAUCACCUUUUACACCAGCCGGACCGAUGACGUCUUACUGCAUCAAGAUGUAGACCUGGUGUGCAUCAACAUCCCCCCUCCUCUCACCCGGCAGAUAUCCGUGAAGGCUCUAGGAAUCGGGAAGAAUGUGGUAUGUGAGAAGGCAGCAACAUCAGUGGAUGCCUUCCGGAUGGUGACAGCGUCUCGAUACUACCCACAGCUGAUGAGCCUUGUGGGGAAUGUGCUGCGCUUCUUGCCUGCUUUUGUGCGCAUGAAGCAGCUGAUUGCAGAGCACUAUGUCGGGGCGGUGAUGAUCUGCGAUGCCCGCAUCUACUCCGGGAGCCUGCUCAGCCCCAGCUAUGGCUGGAUAUGUGAUGAGCUUAUGGGUGGUGGGGGCCUGCACACCAUGGGUACCUAUAUUGUGGACCUGUUGACCCACUUGACUGGCCGGAAAGCCGAGAAGGUACAUGGGCUACUCAAGACCUUUGUGAGGCAGAAUGCCACCAUCCGUGGCAUCCGUCAUGUCACCAGUGAUGACUUCUGUUUUUUCCAGAUGCUCAUGGGUGGGGGGGUGUGCAGCACAGUGACACUCAACUUCAACAUGCCAGGUGCCUUUGUACAUGAAGUCAUGGUUGUGGGCUCAGCAGGACGCCUUGUUGCCCGGGGAGCUGACCUCUAUGGGCAGAAGAACUCUGCUACACAGGAGGAGCUGCUGGUGAGAGACUCCCUGGCUGUGGGUGCAGGGCUCCCUGAGCAGGGUCUCCAGGAUGUCCCACUGCUCUACUUGAAAGGUAUGGUCUAUAUGGUGCAGGCCUUGCGCCAAUCCUUCCAGGGGCAGGGGGAUCGCCGUACCUGGGACCGCACCCCUGUCUCCAUGGCUGCCUCAUUUGAGGACGGACUAUAUAUGCAGAGUGUGGUGGAUGCUAUUAAAAGGUCGAGCCGGUCUGGGGAAUGGGAGACUGUGGAAAUGCUGACAGAGGAGCCAGAUGCCAACCAGAACCUGUGUGAAGCACUUCAGCGCAACAACCUGUGAGCCUACAUAUGACCUCCUCCCGUGGGGCGGAGGGACCAGGGAGGGGACUGGGAGCUCUGAUUGCCUAUAGCAGAGACGGUGUCUUGAUAAUAAAUCAGCUUGGGCCAGAGCUUGGAGCCCAUUGAA